UUCAUCGCAAUCCGUAGCUGAGAAAGCUGCAAACUUUAUGCGCAGGCAGAGCGCUGGAGGAAGUUAUUAAUCUCUAGUUUUGUGUUCAUUUGUUGAACUUUCAUGUCGGGGUUUAUUAAGUAGGAAAGCAAGCAGAAUAAUCCUGCGCUCUGCUGUAAAUGUUGCGGCUUGACACUUUGUUCUAGGCUUGAGGAUUGUUUUGUCCAGUCGUCCUUUCACUUGUUCAGCAUCAGAUACAGUGGAGAAGAGGAAUGAAGGAGCUGCUGGGGUGAAGAAUAAACCUGAUUAUAUGUGCGGUGUUGAUGACUGACUGUAGCCCGUGUGGUGGUGUGUGCAGUUUGUCAGCCCCACGUCACGUUGGAGAGAAAUGACAGAAGUGCGAUGCAGAAAAGCGGGUGAGAAGGACGGGGCGGAGUCUGAAGUGCACCAUGAGGAAGGGAACGGAUUAGAAGGUGUCGUGAGGGAUGAAGAUGGUUGUGACGGUAUGGGAACAGGCUCUGCUGUAAAUGAAGGCGCGGAGAGCGGAGCAGCCGAGGACACGAUCGCAGUCGCGGACGAUGCGAGAACGGACGCAGGCCAGACGGAGUCUCCGUCUCCUGCUGCAGAGGAGGAGAUGAAGGAAGAGCAGGACACCAACUCCAGCACAACUUCAGCCAAGACAACAACGAAGAGCAGCAAAUCUGUGAUGUUUCAGAGGUUAGCGAAGCUCUUCAUCGGUUGUCUGGCAGCCGUCACCUGUGGGAUGAUGUAUGCCGUGUACCUGAGCACAUACCACGAGAGGAAGUUCUGGUUCUCCUCUCGCCAGGAACUGGAGAGAGAGAUCACCUUCCAGGGAGGCAGUGGUCUUUAUUACUACUACUACAAACACAUGCUGUUCGCCUCGUCCUUUGAGAAGGGUGUGUAUGAGCUGAUGCGGGAUAACAGGACUGUAUCUGGUCAGACCAUUAAUGCAGUGGAGCAGCUGUCUCUCUACCCAGAGCUCCUUAGCAGCCUACUGUACAAACUGAGUGGCAGUCAGGACUCCAUCGAGCCGGUUUAUUUCUACAUCGGCGUGGUGUUUGCGCUGCAGGCCGUCUACGUGACAGCUCUGUUUAUCUGCAGCUGGGUGAUGAGUGGCACUUGGGUGGCUGGGAUGCUGGCAGUGGCCUGGUUCAUCAUUAACAGGCCGGACACGACUAAAGUGGACUACGCCAUUCCUCUGAGAGAUAACUGGGCUCUCCCGUACUUCUCCUGCCAGAUAGCUGCUUUAACCGGCUUCCUGAGCAACAACAUCAGCUCUGCCACAGAGAUGUUCUGUUACCUGCUAAUGAGUGUGACGACGUUCACCUUCAUAGUGAUGUGGGAGCACAGCCACUACAUACUGUUUGUACAGGGACUUGCGCUCUUACUACUGGACUGCUUCGACCUCGUACCAGCACGCAAGACAGCGGAUGUCCAUAAGGUGUACCUGAGCUCUCUGUUAGUGGCCUACAUUCUGCAGUAUCAGAAGCCUAGUCUGCUUUCCUGUCCCCUGCUCAGUCUGCUUGUAGCCAACAUGCUGGCCAAAUACCUGCAGCAAAAAAUGAAGAUGGGUCCGCUGGUGGCGAGACUGAUGAAGAUCGUGCUGCACCUGUACUUGGUCUUCACCGCAAGCAUCACCUUCAACUACCUGAUUCAGAGGAUCUUUCCAGUCAAUCAGAGUGACUACAUACUGAAAUUCCUGGAGGUCAGAUUCGGACUGAACUCGACAACAGAGUUUAUACCGAACCUGCUGCUGUGUGAGGAUGGUUUCCAGGCUCCAGGACAGGACUUCUUCCUGCGCCUCACACAGACGUCUGUCCUGCCUUUUUAUUUGCUCGUGCUGCUCAUCUGUGUGCUGUCAAUCAUGCAGACAACCUACAGGAGACUCAGUGGUGAGCGUGCGAUGGGCAGCGUGCAGAUGGAGGACGGGCGGAUCGGCGAGCGGCCGGAGGUGAUCUACCACGUGUUCCACACACUGCUGUUCGGAGCUCUCGCCAUGAUGUUUCAGGGGAUGAAGUAUCUUUGGACCCCGUACGUGUGUAUGUUCACUGCAUUUGGAGUGUGUUCACCGCAGCUCUGGAUGACUGUGUUCAGAUGGGUCAGACUCAAGUCUGUCCAUCCUGUAGUGCUGGCACUAAUACUGAGCACUGCAGUACCGACCAUCAUUGGCUUCAGUUUAUGGAGAGAGCAUUUCCCACGUGUGCUGUCGGAGCUUACAGAGGUACAAGAGUUUUAUGAUCCUGAUACAGUGGAGCUCAUGAACUGGAUUAGGAGUCAGGCUCCGCUCUCGGCUGUGUUUGCUGCAAGUCCUGCACUGUCAGGAAUGGUGAAGGUGUGCACAGGAUGGCCGGUCACCAGUCUCCCACUGUACGCAGAUCUCAGCCUGCUGCAGAGGACUGAGAGUACGUAUCAGGUGUAUGCUAUGCGCUCUGCCGAGGACGUCUAUAAGCUGUUGACAGCUCAGAAGGCAAGUUACGUCAUCAUUGAAGAGGAGCUGUGUAACGAGAUGAGUCCUGUCAGAGGCUGCAGGAUCAAAGACCUGCUCGACUAUGCAAAUGGCCACGUGGUGUAUGACAACGGGGAAAUGUACACUUUCUCCAAGCACGGGAGGUUCUGUCACGAGAUCAAAAUGAACUACUCUCCAUACACCAACUACUUCACGCGAGUGUUCUGGAACCGCUCGUACCAUGUCUACAAAGUCAACUCGGUCAUCUCCUUCCAAUACUGACAUCUGCUGAGUCCACUCCAUCAUCUCCUCCCAAUACAGACAUCUGCUGUCAUCAGUACUGAUGAAUACACAGUCAACUCCAUCAUCGUCCCCAGUACUGAUGAAUACACAGUCAACUCCAUCAUCGUCCCCAGUACUGAUGAAUACACAGUCAACUCCAUCAUCGUCUCCAGUACUGAUGAAUACAGAGUCAACUCCAUCAUCUUCCCCAAUACUGGUAAAUACAGAGUCAGCUCCAUCAUUUUCGCCAAUACUGAUGAAUACUGAGUCAACUCCAUCAUCCCCCUUCAAUACCAACGAAUACAAAGUCAACUCCGUCAUCCCCUCCCAAAACUGACAGCUGCCAAAUCAGUUCAAUUGUCCCCUCCAAAUACCAAUGUCUAUAGAGUUAACUUUGUCAUUCCCUUCCAAUACUAUUGUCUACAGUGUCAACACUGGCAUCUUCUUUCAAUUCCCACAGCUACCAAUUCAAAUCAGUCAUCCCCUUUCAAUACUAACAGGAACCAAAUCAACUCUGUUGUCCCCUUCCAAGCCCAAUGUCUACACGGUCAUCUCCUUCAUCCCCUUUCAGUCCCAAUGUCUACACAGUCAACUCUCAUUCCUUUCCAAUCCCAAUGCUUACACAGCUAACCCCAUUUUCCACUUCCAACCCCAAAGUCUACAAAGUCAACUCCUUCAUCCCAUUUCCAUUUCCAAUGUCUAUACAGUCAACCCCGUCAUCCCCUUUCAAUACUGGCAGAUACCAAGUCAGUUUUUACUUGUUACUGAAUUCCAAUACCAAUGUCUAGAGUCAAUUCCAUCGUCCCCUUCCGUAGCUGUGUUUCUGAUCGUCUGACACUGUGGGGCUAGAAAUCAUACGAGGCGUUGGAGAAUGGAUUUUAAAAUGGUUCUUUUAUCACAUUGCAGUUAUGCACAAUGACAUUUAGUACUGCGUUUUGUGUGCGUGCGUGUGUGUUUGUAUCACAGAUCUGUUCAGGGGUCCAGUCACAGGACCUGUUCAGAAUCUGUAGUGUUGCCUCCGAGCUUUUUGUGGUGAAUGCACAGCCCUGUGGUGGCAGUGUUCGAAAGCUUUUUGCUGCUGUCAGGCUCUGAAAAGACCUUUCAAAAAGAUGGCCACCAGUGAGUGGGGGAGUUGUGGUAUGAAAGGGAAUCAUGGGUAGUGCAGGCUGGCUCUGUGACUGCCAUAAAAAUGGAAUUUGCAUUCUCUUUUCAUGUUUAAACACUGUAUCAUGUCUCACAUAUGACUUCGAGAGAAGGAACGUUCUAAGCUCUUGUUAUGGCUAAUAAUGUUGUCAACAUGUUGGGAAAACCCAUACAUUAACCUGAGACCACUUUCAUUUUUUUUUUUUUCCUUCUUGUUCUUUCUGCUGUACAACUUUGUUCAGCAUUUCAAGACAAUGCAUUGUGACCAUGCAGACCUUUUUACUGCUGACGGAUACAAGUGCAAAUGACUUGUAGGAAACGUACUUAAUGGAAGUUUAAUGGCACUUUUGUCGAUUAAACAUUUGAAAAAUAGGCAAGGGUUAAGGGUCUGGCUAAGCCAUCAAGCAAGUCCCCUAACCUUAAAUUGCUCAGCUUAACUGUAAAUUGCUUUGGAUAAAUAAAUAAAUAAAUAAUCUUUUGAAAUGAAUAGAAGUCAAUAUAAAUAUGUGACCAAAUAAUACAAUAUCAAGGUUUCUACCAUUACAAUGUAGUGUUGUUGCAUUAAAGUAGUUCCAUCUCAGAAAGGAUGAAUUAUACAGAUCCAUUUGCAAACAUCUUGAACAAUUCUUUACAAAAACCUUUUUUUUUUUUUACGUUUUACAAAAACAAAAUAAUAAAUAAAUCUCCUAAACGUGCAUCGAUUCCCUAUCAUCUGCCAUUAAGCUUCCUUUAUAAGUGAGUUUGUAGUAAAUGUUCUUGGCCUUUUUUUUUCCUAUUUAGUUUUUUGUAUUCUACAGAUAUGAUCAAUGGAGACUGGAUUAAAAACAAUAGUAACAGUAAUUCUUUAAAGCAGCCAACAGAGGUGUUUCAAUGGGAAAUGAUGCAAUACAGUAGGAUUUACAGUACUAUUUUCUAACAAAGUGUUUUAAAAAACAGUGUUGGGAUAAGCGUGACAAAAUAGACUGCCAUGACUGCCGUGAAAAAAAAAAAGUUUCCAAUUGUUCCCAUUACAUUUAGUUGGCAUCUGCUCAGAACUUUUGCUCACUUCACUCAGUUGAACUGAAUGGACAUGAGUGUGAAUGCUGGUGUUUCUGUAACGAACGAAAUAAGGCUCUUAGAGACGGGAACUUUUCAUGUAUCCGCGUUAGCAGAUAACAUGUAUGUUUCCCAGGACCCUGUAAUGAUGAAGCUGUUGAAUAGCUGAUAGAGAAUUGCACAUCUGCAGUAGCUUGGAUUAAUGAGCUUUCAUGACACAUUUUAUCACUGUGUUUCAUGUCUGUGCUUUUUUAAAAAAAAAUUUAUAGACUCUCCUUCACCUGUUCUCUUAUUUUAUUAUUUUUGUAUAAGAAUUUUAAUAUUGCAAGUCUAAGUUAAAAAAGGCUUUUGAUUUGGCAUGUUUGUAAUCACCAGUCUAUGCAGAUGAUGAAACUAGGUAAGUUAUUUCAUGUAUGAUGUCGUCUUGUUUGUGCCUUUUUAAUUUUCGUUUUUUCCCAUGUUUAUUAUAGUUUCAUGUUUCCUAUGUUUGACCUGCAUUUACCAUCCAAACUCAUCCUCAGAACAUGAUUGUAUUGUAUCAGUCUAGCCGGUGUUCGCUGGGGAAAAGUGCUUCGUUGCAAUUACGUGCGCUCCUGCUGCUGUUGGUAAAAUGCUUUUCCUCAUCCAUGCGUGAUCAUGUGAUUAAAAAAAUAAAUAAAUUGUGAACUGUACAUGGUCAUGUGAAAGCACACAUCAGUAAAUUUAAGCUGAUGCUCUGACUCGUGUCUUAUACUGUAUAAUAUGAAAUGAUCUGAUUCUGUUAAAUACAGUCUUUGUACUCUUCUG